AUGGCGCAGUUCGAUCCUGCCGAGCUGCCCGAGCUGCUUAAGCUUUAUUACCGGAGGCUCUUUCCCUACGCCCAGUACUACCGCUGGCUCAACUACGGAGGAGUGAUAAAGAACUACUUCCAGCACCGGGAGUUCUCAUUCACCUUGAAAGAUGAUAUUUACAUUCGCUACCAGUCCUUCAGCAACCAGGGGGAGCUGGAGAAGGAGAUGCAGAAAAUGAACCCGUACAAGAUUGACAUCGGCGCCGUGUAUUCCCACAGACCCAGUCAACACAAUACAGUGAAGCUGGGAGCUUUCCAGGCUCAGGAAAAAGAACUGGUGUUUGACAUCGACAUGACUGACUACGAUGAUGUGAGGAGAUGUUGUAAUUCUGCAGACAUAUGUUCCAAGUGCUGGACCCUCAUGACGAUGGCCAUCCGCAUCAUCGACCGAGCGCUGAUGGGCAAGUGUCAACGCUGUCUGAAGGGAAUCGGAAAAUCCGUAGACAUAAUAAAAAAAUACUUCGAAAAAUAUGCCUUGAUUGAUCAAGAUAUUCUUGAAAAUAAAGCAAGCUGGGAUAAGAUUUUAGCCCUUGUUCCUGAAACAAUUCAUGAAGAACUUCUGUGUGGCUUUCAAAAGCAUCACAAUUCACUUCAACGUUGGGAGCAUUUAAAGAAAACAGCCAGCAAAUGCCAGAAUAACAGCAAAAAUGAAAAGUGUGGACCAUGGCUUGAGUUGGAGGUAAUGCUGCAAUACUGUUUUCCACGGCUGGAUGUCAACGUUAGUAAAGGGAUCAAUCACUUACUGAAGAGCCCAUUUAGUGUUCACCCAAAAACAGGUCGUAUUUCUGUGCCUAUUGAUUUACAGAAAGUGGAACAGUUUGACCCAUUCACUGUUCCCACCAUAAGCUCUAUCUGUCAUGAAUUGGGUGUCAUUUCUGCUAAUGAAGAGGAAAAAGAGGACAAAGCUGAAUCUGAUGUCAAACAUAGAAUCAGAGAUUAUAAGAAGACCAGUCUAGCUCCUUAUGUAAAAGUUUUUGAACAGUUUCUUGAAAACCUGGAUAAAUCCCGAAAAGGAGAACUUCUCAAGAAGAGUGAUUUACAAAAAGACUUCUGAAGACAAAAACUCUCCUCAAACCAAAGUGGAUCUCUUCCAUCUUCAAGAAUCAAGUACUUUAAGACCAUUUAAUACAUAUAGCAGACACAUGUAUGUGUCUUAAUAUUCAAAGUAAAAUGUCCUUUUCUUGAAAAAUAAUUAGGGUGAAAAGACUGCUGAGACCAAGCUUUCUGGAAAGAGGACUAAAGAGAGGAAUAAGUGAUUUCAGACAAAUUGUAAAAAUUAAUAUUAUAGAUAUUUCUGACUUCUGGUACAAAGAUUCAGUUCUACCAGUUGCCAUAUAUAGAAGUAAAUGAGCUCACUGGAUACAUCCUAUUUCUGAGUGAAUAUUCUAGGCGAAUGAGAGCUUUCUCUUUUAAGUCUUGGUCACUUGAGUUGUUUUAUCUAGAGUGUGUUCAGUAAUUCACUUCCUAAUUUUCUUACUGAUAUUUUUAUUGGUCAGGCCACGCCUCACUCACCACCCGUUUUUAAAACUCAUUUAAACUGGGCGUCUAAAGCCACCAAAAAUUAAUAACCUCCAUCUAGUUCCUGCAUCCAACAUGAGACAGAGUGGGGAGCAGAGCAGGCAGAUCUACCAGUGCACUGCUAAGGGGAGUAGAAUGUGGGGAGGAGUAGUUACAGCUAUUACAAUUUCAGCUCCUAAAUUCUUCCCCCACAGAACAACUGGAUUAAUCUGCCAUUAAAAAGCAAUUUAGAAGGGCCUCUUUGGUGGCAGGGGUGAAACUCUGUAGCCACCAAAACAUGAGUUCAGUCUCUGGCCAGGGAGUGACCCCCAGGAUCAGCAGACCUAUCCUG